UCGGGGGUCAAAGUGUGCAUGUGUCAUCUGGCUGGCCUACCGUCAUGGAUCUGUUGGUGCAGCGGUACGUUGCUGCGAUGGUGUUGAGCGGCGUCGGAGAUGCGCUCGGCUUCCGUAAUGAGCGUUGGGAGUUCUGUACCAGCGGUCAGAAGAUUCACGAGGAGCUGCAGGAGCUGGGUGGACUCGGUCGCAUUAAUGUGUCUGGCUGGAGGGUCAGUGAUGACACAGUUAUGCACUUGGCCACAGCCAGGGCCCUGACGGCCAGCCCGGUGUUGGAGAAAAACCUGCAGCAGCUUUACAGCAAACUGGCUGCUGAAUACCGGGAGAGCAUGAGCGACAUGACAGAGAGAGCACCAGGUUUAACUUGCAUGAAUGCAGUCAUGUCACUGAGGCCAGAUCAUUCUGACGGCUGGAAGAUCCCUUUCAAUCCUAAAGGAGGUGGAUGUGGUGCAGCAAUGAGGGCUAUGUGCAUUGGACUGCGAUUUCCUCAUCCCAAUGAGUUACAGACGCUGAUUGAAGUAGCUGUCGAGAGUGGCCGAAUGACUCAUCAUCAUCCCACUGGCUACCUGGGCUCAGUAGUUGCAGCUUUGUUCACAGCUUAUGCGGUGAAUAACAAACCUGUAGAAAGCUGGGGAGCGGGCCUAAUGGAGGUGUUGGAGAAAACAAAGAACUAUGUAGAGAAUGCUGGGCACUAUGCUGCUGAAAAUCUGGCUGAAUGGUCCUACUUUGAAAACCAUUGGAAGAAGUACCUUGAGGAUAGAGGCAUUCUGGAUGGGAUAUCCAUGCCAACUUUCCCAGUGCCAUACGGUGUGAUUGAACGUGACGAGUUCUAUACCUCUGUUAGCUAUUCUGGCUGGGGUGGGGCAAGUGGACAUGAUGCACCCAUGAUUGCUUAUGAUGCAAUCCUGGGUUCAGGCAAUUCCUGGAAAGAGCUUUGUAAUCGAGCAGUUUUCCAUGGGGGUGAUAACGAUUCUACUGGUGCUAUAGCUGGGGCCUGGUGGGGGGCAAUUUAUGGAUUUGAUGGAGUUCCUAAAUCCAACCACAAGCAUUUGGAAUAUAGGAGCAGCUUGAAGUUGCUAGCAGAGAAAUUGUUUGAGUUAAGCCAUCCAGGUUCUUGCUCAUCACAAAAGGGUGAGAUGAAAUGCAGUUUUUCUUAGCUCCACUAUUUUAAAUUAUACACUUUUUUUCUGAUUUUUGUUGUUGGAAUGCAGCUUCCUGUACUUGAACUGUAAUCUCUUUAAAGAUCAUUAAUUAUUGUGUUAUGAAUUUUUCUUUGGUUCCAUUUUACUUGACUAUUAUCCCCCCCAUCAUCUGUUAGAUGCUCUUCCUAUUAACUAAAACCAUCUGGGCUCAACUUUAUUUGCAGCUGUAAAUAUCUCAGCGGGAGACAACAACAGUGACUGGGGUGAGAUAUGUCUCGGGUUUUCAGUUGUAAAAGCAACAGACACCCAGGUGGUGGUGGUGGGUUGGGGUACAAAAGGCAGUGACAUUUUGGGGUAGAGGCAUCCUUUUAAGAAAAUGUCUUAAAAUUCUGUAAUCCUUGCUGAUUUGUGACUUAAAUACAGAUUAUUUUCUCUCUAUUUGAAGACUAAGACA